CUUAAGUUUUCUUAUUACUACAUGCAUGUUUGCAGAUCCCAGCUUGGCCAACUAUGGAGAUAUAAUCUUGGUACUGUUUGAGACGCCCUCUGGCUUUGCAAUUUUCUGUUUCAAGGAGGGCUACCUCAAAGAACCGAAUACCUGGCAAAUCUUUGGCGAGCAUUUUAGGACAAAAGGGAUCGUAUGGCUGAAAGAGUUUCAAAUUUUCAAGGACAAGUCCAGUGCCAUUGAUAAUUGUACUGGUGUUAGUAGGGAGCUUACUGAGAUGAUCUCGCGCUGUCACCACCCUUGCCAGAAAUUGGCCGUUGGAAAACCUGAAUACAAAACAAUCAUCGAAACAAGCUUGCCGGGUGUACCUUGCCUCUUCGACGAAACUGUGAUGGAGGUGAUGUGGGGCCUAAAACAUCUCAUGCAUAGUUUAGUUCCCCAAGAAAAACUGAAGCUCACAAAGGAGGACCGCUUGCCAAUGAGCCAAGGACUAAAAAUGUUCCUGUAUCAUUAUGGCUUUGAUGUCAAACCGGAGUUGGUUAAUGAGCAGGUUGUUAUUGCGGCAUGCCUCUUGCUUGAUGCUGGAUUGCUCGUGGAGAGCCACUCAGAACAACUGCGCUGGGCUGCUGGCAAGCUGAAGGAAGUGUCUGGCAUUAACCCGGAAGGCUGGUCCGCGAUGAAGACCGCGACGGCUCUGAGAAUCAUGUUUGACCCUGCAGAAACAACAAACGAGGAAAUGGAGAUUUUUACUGAAGAAGAGGUAUCAACGCUGGAGAUGACUUGCCAUAAAUAUGAAGACAUUAUUUAUAAGGACUUUGGCCUCAAGAUCCACAGUGAACUUGUGGAGAUGCGUGAAGUUAAGAAGGAUGCCCUGGGAGCACUGGGCUUCUUGCUUGGAUCAAGCGUGUGAUGAGAAGCCCAUACUUUUCUAGUUUGUUAACUAGUUAGUAUGUAGGGAGAAGUGAUCCUGGGUGGUGAGGCUGCCACUGCCAUCCGUCCCGGAAAAAAGUGUUGGACAAUGUGUGUUGGUGUUUUAGUA